AUGGAUGACCAUGAGUUAGAUGAGCUUGCUAAGGAACUUGAAGCUGAUCAUUCAGAGCUUUUUAAGUAUAUCGACAAAGAAGUUGAGAAAAAAACGACAACUUUUAAUGUUGAUGACUACACUAAAAUCACAAAGGUCGGACAGGGCACCUUUGGAGAGGUGUUUAAAGUUCAACAUAAAAGGUCAAAGGAGGUAUUCGCCCUGAAGCGUUUAAAGAUGGAGAAGGAAACAGAAGGAGUAGAUAAUUAUGUUCGUUCAUUCUACUUGUUCCCUGUCACCGCUCUACGAGAAGUGCGUAUUUUGCAAUCACUUCGCCAUGAGAACAUUGUUGGUUUGCGUGGGAUAUGCCACAGACGGAGCAAUAGUUCCAGUAAUUACCGAUACGAAUUCUUUCUGCUUUUUGACUUCUGCGACCACGACUUGGCUGGACUGCUUAGUCAGAAGGUGGAGAUUAAUUUGUCAGUGAAGAAAGGGAUCGCAAAACAGUUGUUAACAGGAAUAGGUUUUCUUCACAGGUGGCUGUCAAAUGUUUGUGGUGUUCGGCCUAUUGGUCACAAUAUAUUGCAUCGAGACUUAAAGGCGUCAAAUAUAUUGAUUGAUCGAAGCGGCCACCUGAAAAUAGCAGAUUUCGGUCUUGCCCGCCUUACAGUGACUCCAUGGCGAUCUGGCAGACGGGCUCAUUACACGGCGAUGGUGGUUACCCUGUGGUACCGUCCUCCGGAAAUCCUAUUAAUGGAUCGGUCUUAUGGAAAACCUGUUGACUUGUGGGGCGCAGGAUGCAUCAUCGCUGAACUGUGGACACGUUGCCCACUGAUGCAGGGUGAUAACGAAAUGAAUCAAUUACAGUUGAUUAUCAACCUGUGUGGGUCCUUCACACCGUCUGUUUGGCCUGGAGUAGAACAUCUGGAGGUUUUCAAGAAGACAAGAUUUCCUAUGGACACGCGUCGGUGUCUACGAGAAAAACUGUCUGCUUCAAUCCCUAUCUCCACUUGCUCUUCGGCCAUAGAUCUGAUAGACAAGCUGCUCGUGUGCGAUCCCUCUGGUCGCCUGACGGCGGAACAAGCCCUAGGUCAUGGGUUUUUCAAGGAAGAUCCCCCCGCAGGGGAUCUCUCGUGUCUCUCUCAGAACGGCGUCUCCUUCCUUGAGUAUUUGAGCAGUAAUCGAGCACGCCAGCAGUACCGAGGUGGACAGCACCGAGGUGCAGCGGUCAGAGCGGUUCCGGGAUAUAGGACUGGCGCGGGAAUUCCUGCUGUUGCUGCUGUGCCUAAUCAGGUCGAAAAUGCCAUCAGCUUUGACCGCGUUUACUAG